GAACUUGUCUCAGAAAAAAAAUAUCUCUGUACAUUAACCUCAGUUUCAGGUAUAGAGAUGUGAUUUUUUUCUGUGACAAGUGCUUUUGACAAUCCACAAGAACUUGCGGUCAUCCGAUGUUCAGUACUUCAGUACUUUGAUUGCAUUUUGGGGCAAAACUACAGCAGAUAGAAGAAUAUUUAGACAGUAAAAAUUAUCAGCUAAACAAGAUCUAGAAAAAGAUAAUUCCAUUCAGAAGACUAUUCCAUUUACUUAUUAAGAUGUUGUCCCAGGAACAAUGUAAGAGAGUUUGGAGGAAUGCUGAUGCUGUAUGUUUUGAUGUAGAUUCCACUGUACUAAAGGAUGAAGCUUUAGAUGAACUUGCCAAGUUUUGUGGUGUUGGAGAACUUGUCAUUGAAUGGACCAAUAAAGCUAUGGGAGGUAAUGUGUCUUUCAGAGAAGCUCUGAAUGAGAGACUAAAGAUAGUCCAGCCAACCAGACAGAAAGUAGCAGAUUUUUUAUCACAACAUCCUCCACAGUUUACACCAGGAAUAAAGGAGCUGGUUUCCUGUUUAGGCAAAAGAAGGGUACCAGUAUAUCUGGUAUCAGGUGGCUUUCAAAGUAUACUGGUACCGGUAGCAGAACAACUUGGUUUACCAAUAGAAAAUAUAAUAGCUAAUAGACUAAAAUUUUAUUACAAUGGUGAUUAUGCUGGAUUUGAUGAAAAUCAGCCGACAUCCUCCUCAGGAGGGAAGAAAGUUGUCGUAGAAACAUUGAAGAACAAACAUGGAUAUAAAAGUCUAGUUAUGAUAGGAGAUGGUGCUACAGAUAUGGAAGCUUGUCCGCCUGCUGAUGCAUUUAUAGGAUUUGGUGGCAAUAUUAUAAGAGAAAAAGUGAAACAGAGUGCGCCUUGGUUUGUGACUGACAUGCAGGAAUUGAUAAAUGAAAUAAAAGAAUAAAAACUU